GUACUUCCGGGUUGCUUGCAUUGAUUUCCCACCCGCUGGGUAAAAUUUAGACGAUCUUUUUUGUUAUUCUUACGAACAUUUUCUAUAUUUUCUAUUUAGAGCACCAUCCAGUGGCCACUCUGUCUAUCUAAGGGUAUGUUAGAUUAAACAAAGACAAGUUUUUUCUCUAACAAAAAUGGCUGCUAAUCUUGGGCAGGCCUUUCUUGGAGCUGGUGGUAUUCCCCAAUCACUUGCUCAAGAAUUGGCUUCAAGUACUUUCCAUGAAGCUAGGGAAUCUUUCCAUGACUACAUAUACUCAAAACUGAUCUUAGGGGAUGACAAAGGGCCAGGGGUCAUGAACCCAAAUGUUCCAGUUUUUCCAAACUCAAAUUUAGCCAAUAGUUAUCCUGCUGCCCUACCCCCCGGGGCAGCUUUGUAUAACCACACUUUGAAUAACACUGCUCUUGCUGAUGGCUCUGGCCUUGCUGUGUGCAAGCCUUUUGUCAACCCUCAGCAAAAUACAAUGCAGGUUGCUCCGCCUCAGAAGCCUCCCGGUGUGAAGAAAAAAUCCACCCAGCCUCAGUCUACACCACAAGGCCAUCUUGUUCCUGGGAACAUGGACAGUCCUAACAAGGUCAAGAAAAAAAGCCACCAUAAGAAGAAGGAGAAGACAAACGUAUGUGACGUUUGCGGUCGAGGAUUUGCAGAGAAGUACACACUAAAUCGGCACAUGUUGACGCACACACAUGUCAAGCCCUUCUCCUGCUCGAAGUGCAACAUGUCGUUUUCAAGAUCUGAUGGUCUGGCCAAGCAUAUGGGGGCUGGGCACCGCCGCAUCGAUGCCCAUCAUUGUGACGUAUGUGGGGGGACAUUCAAUAGUGAGGUCUCCUUUGAACAGCACAGGCGAGAAUAUGGAAACACCCUGCCCUUUGUUUGUAAUUUAUGCAUGCUUGCAUUCUCUCAAUGCUGCCAUCUGAACUACCACAUGAAGUCUCAUUCGCUGUCCAAGAUGAAUGACAAUUUUAUAGCCAGCUGCCAAGAAGACAAAAACAAUGCUAUAGAUGUCUCUGAGCUGAUCCCCGAGGAUUUUACACCACCAAAAAAGAAGGACAGUUUUAGCGGAUUCCUAUUCAAUGUUGGGAAAUCAGCUUUAAAACGAAAUGGUGAUGCCUCCUUGGGGCUUAUGGGUUCUAAUAUUGUAAUCAAACCAGAAAUUGAUGACAUGCCAACAUGCACUCAGCUUACAGGACCCAAUUCCUCCUUGGUGUUCCAGGCAUUAAAUAGCCACUCUUCGGGUCACAUCAACAUGGCAUCAUCCAUAUCUUCAACUGCUUCUUCCUAUCUUCCAGACACUUCUGCAGCUGGGACAAGUGGAAUGAAUGCCAUUUCUGAUGUUGAGAUGAAGAAGUAUUUUGACAUAAAAAUACCUAACCCCAAGUUUUUAGAGGGGGCUGAGCUACACCCUGUAGGGGUUGGGGAGGAUGGUUUGUUCAGGUGUGAGAUCUGUGGUAAAGGUUUCACUCGAAAGUAUCAUAUGCAGCGCCAUGUGAAACUUCACACCCGUGGUCCCAUUCCUAGAGCACACUUACUCGACUGGACACGGCGCCCUUAUGCAUGCGGAGUCUGUAAAAUGGGUUUUACCCGUCAGCACCAUCUUACUCGUCACAUGCUUAUCCACACCGGGGAGAGACCUCACUCUUGCCAUGUGUGUGGCAAGGCUUUCCGUCGCUACACUAAUCUGUCUCUUCAUGUGCGUACUGUGCAUGGAGCAGAGAGGCCAUUUAAAUGUCACAUAUGUGGUAGAGGAUUCCCUAGGUUGUACAGCUUGCAGCGCCACCUGAAACUGCAUGCCAAGAAUGCAGCUCUGAUUGCUUUGGAUAACAACGAGCAAAUAUACAAAGGUUUCAAGCCUGUUGGCACUGUGAACGCUGAGCAGUUGCAAGAUGCUAAUAAAUCCUCAGCAUUCAGCUCCACCAACCCAGACAGCACUAGACAGUCACCUGGUCAUGGUCAUGAGUCAUCCUCUGAUCAUUCAGAUGAGGACAGUGAAAAGUAUGACCAUGAAUCCAGUAUAAAUGAUAAUAGCUUGAACCAGAGCAAUCAAGAUGGUCAAAAUAGUCCACACCAAGAGCUCAGAAACUACAACCAGAACCAAGCUGGGAAUGAAAAUUUCAACCCUCAGCAGCCAUCACAGCAGAAUAACAACCAGGGAGGGAAUGCACAAGUCAAUCAAGGUAAUGGUAGACUGGGUUCUCAGAGUCUGCGCCCUCCUUCGCACGAGCAGGAGAUGAUUAAUAGGAUGUCCCGUCAUGAAGGGGAUGGAAUGAGGCGACAAACUCCAUCCCAAAACAAUAAUUAUGGCCAUCCAUCGGUUAUGCAAACCACAAAUAACAAUGACAGGUUCAACACAUCCAAUACACUUUCCAAUCAGAACAUAAGGAAUAUGGAGAUGCCAGUCAGUAUACCAACUUAUACUGAAAUGGAAAUUCGACGUGAUGCCACUAGCUAUCAGUUGAACCAAAGGAGUGGCACGGAGGGCUUUAACAUCCAAAGAAUACAGAGUCCCCAUGCUAUACUGACCAGCCUGGAGCGACCAGGUAGCCGCAGCAUGAUCAGCCAAGCAGAGAGUUUCCACCACAACCAGCAGCAGGCUAACUUCAACCAGCAGCAGGUGACUAUGCAGGCCCAACAGCGUGUCAGUAUGGACCUUUCCUCCUCCCGCAGCACCAUGAGUCCUGCUGGAAUGCAUGAGGGUGUGGGCUACUCCCAUAGCCACCACCUAGACCUGACUGGGAACCGGGCAGGCCUGAAUGAGCCGCCUGCCUACCCACAUCCGCACAAUGUAGGCAGCAUACAGUUCACCACUCUCUACCCUCAACAGAUAACGGACCAUCUAGAGCUACAGCCAAAUACCACAGCUAGUCCGAUGCCAGUCAACAACCAUAGUAACAACAUCCAGUACUGAUUACAACAUUUUUUCAUGGAUGUUUCUUAAACAUAACAGAAGAUGUUUUGCAGUUGUAUUACUUGAAUUCAGUACAUUGUUAAAUAUUUCUUUUAAAUACAUCACAGACAGUGCCAUCUUAUGGCCCUACAUUGUAUUUACAAAUAAGGUACACGGAACUUGCUAACCAUGGGCAAGCAAAGGUAGACCAUCUCAUUUAUCAUAACUGCAUCUAACUGAACAUCAUUUAAACUGAAUGUUUUUUUUUUGUUUUUUUUCUUCAUGACAUAAACUACCUUGUUUUAAUUUUUUGUUUUUUUAAUAACUAUAUUCUUGUAACCAGCAACAUAGAUUUGUACAUCAAAUCUUCAUGAGUUGUUUCAAACUUUUCCAAUGUGUGUUGUGUAUAUAUACCCACAAAUGUAUAUAGAUGUAAAACUGAAGAGUUAUUGGCAAAAUUAUUUAGUUUAUUAUUUUUACUGGCUUUCAGUCCAGUAUUGCCUAAAACAAAUACAAAAUAAACUUUUACCUACGCUUAUAUGUAUAUACAAUAGCAAAAUAGUGUUUAAAUUGUAAAAAUAUAAUAUUUUUUUUAUUACAAAAAUAAAACUAACCCAAAACAAAAUGUCAAUUCUAUCUUUUAAAAAAAGUUACCCCUGUUCGCUUUCGAGCUAAUCAGCACUUGAUGCUGUGAUUAUUUUACAUUUCAAAUAUUUUUGUACUAUCAAAAGAAUAAUGUUUAAUACUCAUGGCUAGAUUUUUAGGUUGUGUCUGAUACUUGCUAUUUUAAAAAAAUGUAAUAAUUUGUAUCUUGGUUAAAUUAUUUACUAAUAAAUUAUCUAAAAACAAAUACUUGUAAUGCUGAAAGUAAAUUUGUAUCUAUGAUUCAGUCCAAUCAUUUAUUCUUUACAUAAACACCCUAUACUUAACUAAGUGGAGAGGGGUGAAUCUGUUAUGGCUCUUUGUUUCUUUUGGUCUGAAGCAGCUUGCAUUAUAAUUUUGAAAGGCUGGCCAGUCCACUCAUAUUAUCAAAUUAGAAAUGAAUCUGUUUUCCCUUGCACUUGUUUUGAGUUUUAAAGAACGUUUUGAAAAGAUAACAUUGUACAAACUGUAAGUAGGUAAACAAUUUUUUAAACUGAUUGUAUUUGACUGGCCAUGUGUUUUCAUAUUUGUAUGUGAAUUUGAUUUAUGAACCAAAGCAGUCUUAGAAGCCUUGAGUGCCAUUGUCAGUGGUUGACUGAACUUCUCUCUGGUGGAUAUCCUGAACUAACGUGUAUAUAUACAUAUACUUAGUAGCCCCUAUUCAUAAGAUUGUGGAAAAUAUGUUCUGCUUGCUUUUAUGGCAGAAAUAACAGAAGUUAUCUUUGAAGUGCAAACUGUUUCUCACCUUAUUUCUUUUAGUAAUACAAAACAUUGUAUAUGUUAUACAUUACAAUAAAGGUAUAUUAUCAUAAUAAAAUAGAACUUAACUAGGUCCAGUUAGGGUGAAUUAUCUUACAUUUAUUUUAUUUUUAAACUUCAUUCUUAAUUAUGAGACGUGGUGGCUGAGUGGUAAAAUACUUGACUCCAAAACCAUGUCUCAUGUUCAAAUCUUGUGGAAGACUUGAAUUUUCAGUUAAAAGAUUUAGAGUGUAUUACUGGGUUCACCCAGUUAUUUUAGCAUUUUUUUGAGAGGGGGAAUUAAAGCCAGAGUUGUUCUUUGUGCUGGCCACUCUAUGGGCUGUAGACCAAACAUGAGCUUUUCAUCAUCUGUCCAUGCUAAGUCUUAAACAAGAUUUUUUGAAGGCAAGCAACACAGCAUACUGGUAUCUUUAAAGAAGUAACUAAGACUACAGUAUCCACCAGAGUUCUUUUUUAAGUGGACAUUAUAAUCAAUACCCCAUGGGCUUUUGUACACUGUCUAGGAGAAUAGCUGGGAACAGGUAGAUCACUAACCAAAUCUAACUACUUUUAACUUAAAAGUGACUUGAAGAGCGAUAAUGAAACAACUAGGGACUAACAACUCAAAAAGAAAUAGACAGAUGGGUGGAGACGGGGUCUACUAACUUUAUGGUGGUUGGUCUGGUAAUGUUUUCCUAUAAUUAUACCCUGAAGUAAAUGUAUGACAUUACAAGAUCUAGUAUUGUAUUUUGUGACAAAGAAGCUUGUUUCCUUAUUUUGUCUUGCUAACAUAAUUAUAUACAAUUGUUGAUGCUGUUCGAGUAUAUAAACUAUAAUGUACUAAGGUUUGUUGGUUCAUUUACAUGAUGCAAAUUAUUGUUCUUUGUAAACUUACUUUAUUUGUGACCAACUUUGAGUUCAACUGGGCACGCGAGACUUAUAUGUGAACAUGUUUCAGUUGUUGAGCAGUAAUUAUAUAUUUUGUCUGAAUUUUUUCUUAUUCAUGCUUGCUGUAUUUGAAUAUGACUUUACUGAGAUGCUGUUGGCCAAACACUUUCUAUUUGUGUGUGUGUGUGUGUUGAUUUGAAUUUACAUUUAAAAGCUGGAAGUGGUUCAGAUUUGUGCUUACUUUUGAUUAGCAGAUUUUUAGAUCUGAACAAAUGUCAUAUAUUUACAGGUUUUGUAUUUUUUAUUUGGCAUCAUUUUGCAUCAUAACUUAUGCACUCUUAAUGUUGUCAUUUCUUUUGAAGAAUGUAAAUAUAUAUAUAUAUUUGAAGCCAUAUGUGCUGAUUUUAUUCUUUGCCUGGCACAUGCAUCUGUACAAUUCAAUUAGCUCUGUAAGCUUUAUAUAAAUAAAAGAUUAUGGCCACUGUGUCGAGACCUAAUGUCAGAUCGUGACCUCACUCAGCCCUCGUCUACUUUAAAGUUUAAAAAAAAAUUAAUAAUCUCUCAGUGCUUCAACGUUACUUUGAUCACAAUUAUCUUUGUAUUACAAUAUAUAUUAAUGUUUAUUUUUAUUUCAAAGGUUGUUUCAAUUUUAAAGAUCUAUGUACCCACAGGCACUGUUUAUUUUAUUUAUCAAAUAUGACUGUAAUAUCAGUAUACUAUACUUAUUUAGCUUUAGGUAAAAAACAACACUUUGUUUUGACAGCAAAAUAAUUUCACACUGUCUCAUGAUCCAUGCUUUUUUUUUUUAAUUAAUGUUUAUGACCAAUAAAAUAAAAAAAUAAGACUUUUUUUUUCAAAAUUGUAAAUUGUACUAUAUAGGUGUAAUCAGUAGAUUUAUUGGUUGCUAUUACUAUUGAUCAUACCAGAAUCUCACAUUCUACCUACACUUUUGUCUAGGACUUCAUCAAACAAUGAUUUAGAAAAGGCUGUUUUUUUUUUGUGUACAAAAUUUUGGUUUGUCUUCAUGCAGCAUUAAUAUACAUUGUUAUUGUUCUUUUUUUUUUUUUCAUUAAUAUCUUGGCCAAUAAAGCAAUACCCACUUUUCUUCCACUAAAAUAAGUUGUUUAGCUUUUGUCUUUUUUUUACUCUGGAACAACAUGAUUCUAUGAAUACAAUUCUAAAUGAAAGUCUAACAUGAGGUCGUAUAUGACUUUAAUGAAUUUGAUUGAAUUUACCACUUUGUAUUUUUUUUUAUAUUUGUGAAUUGGGUUAUGAGCAAUGCUUAUCAUAGCUGCUAAAGGAGAGUUACCCAAUAGUAUGCAUUGUAAGAAGGUAUAUCUCAGUGUUACCUAUCUCCUUUUGUUAGAUAGUAUCAUUGAUUCAGUUUUUUUUUAGUUUUCUAUGUCUUUGGUUGAGCAGAAAGAGCUGUUGUGCAUUUUGAUUUGUUGAAAUACUUGCCACUAAGCAUCUUUCAUCCUAGUGUAAGGCUCAGUUUAAAUACAGUAGCUUGGUAUAAAGGCUAUAUAAGCCAGGGAACUCUAUCCUAUCUUUAAGAAAAGUAGAUUUUUAUAAAUUGAACAUAUGUAAAAUUAGAACUAAGAUGCCAUGUAAAAUUUGAACUAAGAUGACAGAUAUUUUUGUAAAACCUUAACCAUGAAGUUAGUGUAAUUUUGUAUGUACCUUGAUUUUUAAUACUGCAGAUAUCUUUUUUUUUUUUUUUUUUUUUUUUGGACUAUAUGUAUGUUGUGGUAACUUUUGGUCCAUUGAUUGCGCUGUACCAUAUGAAUCCAAACACUAAGACAAAAUCACUUGCAUGUGUAAAUAAUGUUGACCAGGGCAUACCAUGGAUUGCAUCCAAAUCAUCCACACGUGCUGUCUUUUUUUUUUUUUUUUUUUUUUUUUAAUUAUAUCUAUUUUUUAAAUGUACUAUCCCUGUCUCCCAAUCAGACAGGACAUGUUAUCAACUCAGAAGUAUAACCUUGACAGUUCAAGGAAUUAGUUUGUUAUAUUCCUUUUUUUUUUUUCUUUUUGUUUAAAGAUGUACAUACCAUAGCAACUUGUUUCUAGGGAAGAUUUACGGUAGUUUCAAGCUAUUUAUUUCUGUUGUUGUCUUCAGUACCUAAUAAAACACCAUUCUACCCAA